UGAACUAUGUAUAAGUUUAUGGGUUGGUAUCCAAGAGAACACGUGAGGAAGAUAGGACGCCCGCCGACAGACUGGGACAAGGAGAUGAAGAAGACCUGCGGGGGAACAGCCUGGAAGAGAGUAGCAUUAGAGAGGAAAGAAUGGAAAAGGAUGGGACAGGUUCAUUACCUAGUGUGGUUACAAGAAAACAGUCGGCUUUGUUUCAAGUGGAACCCUAACGAGGGUCACCUUUCAGAGGACGCGUGGAGGCUGAAUAGGCAGGGCGGAGGAGACUACUUACUGGCCCCGAGUGGGGCCCUCGAGGACCCCAUUCACUCGCCCGCACCCUAA